GAAUAAAAUGAACUUUGUGCGGAAAAAUAAAAAAUAAAAACACGCUAUUCUUUCAUCGAACACUUUUGAGGAUAGUUCUAUCAGUACCCAAAAAAAUGUUAAAAAUUUUUUAUGUUUUAUUUGUUUUUUCAAUUAUUUUUGAAGGUCAUUCAAUAAAGAUAAUGAAAAGUGAAUUUAUAAAUGGAGUGUUUUUUGCAAAAUUGAACAAUUAUAAAAUUAAACCAAACAACAGUUUUAUUGAAGAAAAAAGAAAUGGUUUAAUUCAAUGGAAAAAUGAAAUGAAGAAAGAGAAAAACGUUCUUGCAAUAUAUCAAAUAAUUGAUGCAAAGAAUAAUGAACAAUUGAAGGUAUCACCAAAUUUGUGUACAGAUAUAAUUAUUGAAUGGUAUCCGUCAAUGUUAAAACGAUUCCUGGGAAUUGAAAAAUGUCCAAUUGAAAGGGGAACCAUUUCUCUUAUGUCAAAUGAUAAGUAUUCACAAUCUGUAAAAUUCAGUAAAUAUAAGUGUACAGUUCCAUUUAAUAUAACUUUAGAAUUACGUGAUCAAAAACAAAAAAAAUUGAUAAUGACAUUUGAUGUUCUAAUAAAUGAAAUAAGACUUAACAGAAAAAAUUGUAAAUAAUAAAAUUAUAAUUUGUUGAAAA